AUAAACAGAGGGACUCGCUUCUGGUUUCACCGAUAAUGUUAUGUGUGUCAAAAGAGCAAGGUAAUUAUGUUUACAGUUUAAAAGGUGGACUUGUCGCAUGAAUAGAUAUUCAAAAUGCCUGCUGUAGCAGCUUAAUUUGCUAUUUUAGGGAUAAGUUGGGUCGGACCAGCGUUUGAUUCCAUGGUAACUUUCUAUUGUGGACUUGCCAACUCGGAAGGCCCGUGGAUAAUGUGGGCUUCGUCUUUCUAUGUUGGUUGUAUUAAAGUAAGAGCGAAUUUACACAGUAAGUCAGACUUGCCGAUCUCCCAAUAAUUUAUUGUCAAAAAGCUCAUUUCGGACCAGACCACCGUAGGACCCUCAUAAAUCAGAGUCACACUGAAGCAACAUUGUGUGUUAUUAUGCAUCACAUGUGACGUCCUAAGCUAUAAUGCAAUCCAGUGGACCUGUGUUCACGAGGCAGAAUCCCUUCCAGCCAGCGUCCAGGGUGGGGAGAGCACACUACCACCCAUCCAGAAACCAGAUCCUGUCAAAGAAAGAGAAAAAAACAACUUUGAGUCCUGUGCGUUCACACCAGUGGUCCAGUCCACAAUUACACACCCUGAGUCCGGAGAGCCAUCGGCUGUUUGAGAAAAGUGAUUGCCGUUUUGCCGCCACGGACGUACAGCCUGUUUUUGCAGAGUCCUGGCCCUCCUCUGACUGCGGAUCUUCUCCUGCCAGCACUACAACCUCAUCUGACACGGAGGCACCCAAAGAGUCUGUUAGAACAGGAAAAUCUGCAGUUUCCUCAGAACUAGAGGUUCAGCAGGAUUCAGUGUUGGCAAAGUACAUUGAGCGCUUUCGCCAUGGUCGACCGCAGAGUCGAGAGGAGCGCCAGAAAGUUGAUUCUGCCGUUGGAGAGAAGCAUCUGCCAUUUUGGUGGAUGUCGCCCUCAUCUCUACCCCCCAGUUCAACACCAACUAAAACAACAGACAAAGAUGUUGUCCAGGCUCUGAAAGAUGACCAUGGACCUGCCAUUUUCAGCCCAGCUGGACUUCGUCGACGUGACAGAUCUCUUUCCCCGUGCAGAGGUUCCCUUAGUAUUCUGUCAGACACCUUCCAAGGUGAAUUCGAUGAUCCAGAGAUACUACACCUUCAAGAAAAGGCCAACAGACUUCUGCUGAGAAAUGAAUGUGCUCUGAAUGAUGGCUCUGUACAUGUCAGCUCAGAGGGCCUGGGAUGCUCGGAUUUCUCUUCUCCAGUCGACAUAGAUGAGCCACUGCGAAGACCUUUGAUUCCCAGUACAAUAAAAUCCACCACAGUGAGGGCCUGCUCAGACUCAGUCAUUCCAUCUCUGGUGCCCCCCACACGCCCAGAGGAGGACAUUUUGUUCCAGUGGCGUUUAAGGAGAAAGAUUGAGCAGGCCAGGGAGUGGCCCCAGCCCCUGCAACACUCCAGUCUUCAUGGUCCCGCAUUUAGCUGGCAAGGCCCCAGCUUGAGCUACCCCUCAGCCAGUGGACAGCCCUACAAGCAACAGCAGAGUGCUAAACAUCCUGAAUUCUCACAAACAGCUACACAUCCACACAUUGCUGCCCCCCAGCCUGAAACCAAAGAAGCCCUCGCAUCAUGUGCCCCAGCCUCAGGUCCGCCUCCCUUCCCUGCCUUUCUCGUCUCUGGCUCUUCAGUCUCUCAACCCAGCGCUGUGGCCCAUGUUCCUGCCCACAUGCAUUUACUCUGUGAUGUCUUGCCCUGUCCCAUCCAGCCAUCUCACUCAAGCAGGCAACAAAACAUUUCACAAAGUAUUGAUGAGUCUCAUGCCAAAGUUGUUCGUAAGAAGACCAGAGUGGAUACCAUCACUGAUGAGUCUGUUCGUGAACAUAUGCCAUCCCCACCCCCUGCUACAGAAGAAGCUUUAGAAGCAGAGGGGCCUAGUUAUCACAAAAGAUAUGAGAGGAAGAAGAAAGAGAAGGCCCAGGUAGAACAGUCAGAGAGGAAGGCAGCCAUGACUUUCAGAAAGCAAAAGAAGUCAAGCUAUGCUGUGGAUAGGGAACACGCUGUUGUCCCUGACGCUACAAACAGGAGUUCUUCGGGCCGAAGAGUUCCCAAAAAGGUGCCAUGGCCACAGCAGCAGCAACAGAGGGGAAGCCAGGACUUUUCCAGUGAGAGAUGUACCAGCGAUCAUGCACCACCACCUUCUCCAGUCCACAGCACAUUAGGACAGGUUGUUUCAGAGGUAUUGUUCCCAACGGGGGAUUCAUCUCCUGCACAAAGGACCCUUGUCUCCACCCCUGCACCUCCACAAUCCUCAGUUCCUCCAUGCAACGCACAGAACUCUAUGGAGGUCAUUUCACAGCUGCUGCGAGAGGCCGAAGAUUCAGAUGAAAAAGAGUUUGAAGAUGACCCUUUAUUACAAGUCCUUCGCAAACAGAGGACAUGGGUGAAGGAGCAGAUCAGUGAAGUGGACUCUAUGUUGACUGAACUCCAGGACGAGCAACAAGUCACUUACACACUGGCAAAAGGCACUUGAUGUAGUCUUUUUUUUAUUUUCUAUUUUAUAAAGAAAUAAAGUUUUUUUUUUGAAAGAAAUGUUUCCACAUUAAAGAGUUUGGAGAUA